UGGUAGCGCGCACGGGGCCGCGACUCAAAAUGGCUUCUCGGCGGUGCGCGCAGCUGAGUGCGGCGGAGGCGGCGGUGCGUCUCGCCGCCCAGUGACUCGCGGCUCUCCUCCUUCUUGCCACCCUUUGUUUAUUUUCGCAUUCGUGCACGCCGAGACACACACAGAGAGGGAGAGAGACCGCUCGGAGCCGCUAUAAUAAGAGAAUAGCACGGCCUCGUAAGCCAUGCAUUGGGGAGGGCAUCUCGGCGCGGGACCCCGGGCCCUGCCAUCUCUGCCUGCCUCGCCCUGCCCGGCUGCCCUGCCCUGACUGCCCUGCCCUGACUGCCCUAUCCGAGCGAUGGAUGUGCAAGACUGCUCGAGCUUUGGGGUUGGGGUCGGGAUGAAAGACGUGGACGUGUGUCCGCCGGCAGUCGGGACCACCUGCCCGGCCGGAUUGGACCUCAUGAAUGGGUCUGCGUGCGCCCUGGUGAAGAGCGGAGAGGAGGGGGACGAGGAGGAUGAGGAUGAUGACGACGAGGAGGAGGAGGAUGAUGAUGAGGAAGACCAGCAGGAUGAAGUUGGAUCGGCCAGGGUGAGUGGCACCCACAAGGACAGCGAGAGCUUCGUGUCCGAGGACUCUGGAGUGACGCACAUGGAGGGAUCCCACGCCAACAGCAGGGACGUGGAGAGAAUGGUCAUGGCCAUGAUGAUGGCCGAUGGCUUGCAGGCGGCGUUCUCCAUGAACGGUGCCUGCGGCGGCGCUGGUGGUGGUGCCGCUGGUGGUGUUGGCUGUUGUGGUGGUGGUGGUGUUGGUGGUGGUUGUGAGCCAGGCCUCUCGGCGGAUAGGCUGCCCAGCAAGAAGAGCAGCCGGAGUCUUCCGCCAGGACUGUCGGCCUCGGCCGCCCUGAGGACAGGCGAGCGGGCCCGUAAGUCGGCCACGUUCCCCCGCGGCGCCUACGAGCCAGGGUCUGGCCCCGUGGGCCACAUGGCCCAGGGCGAGUUGGAGAUGGACGAGGCGGACACGGUGUCUCGCUCCAGUCUCUCCAGCCUCAGCUCGGAUCUGUCGGCAGGUGUGGGAGGCUCAGCCGGAGCUGUGGCAGGUUCUGACGAGCAGAAUCGACAGCAGUGUCAGAGUGCUGCGGACAAAGAACGCACAAGCAGCGAGGCAUCGGAUGCUCCACAUCGCGAUGACGACCCCGACCUUCAAGAUGACCCCAAGUGCCAUCAGGAUGAGCUGUGCGAAGAUGAAAAGCCGAAACGCAUCGGGCUGGCCACGUACAUUACGAGAAACAUACUUACGUGGAGGAACAAGGACUGCAGAGUGAGUGUUCCAAGUCCACCUGGCUGGAAGCUGUUUGGAAGGGUCCCACCAAAAGAAAGUCCACAGAAAGACCCUAAGAAAAUUCAACAGGAAUACGAAGCUAGGAUAGCGAAAAGCGAGAAGGCGGCCACUGGCCAGACACCAUCAAGAAAGGACCUGGACUUUGAACCCCUUUCCACCACAGCCCUCAUUCUGGAGCAGCGGCCAGCGCACCUACCUGCUAAGCCUGUCGAAGAGAUGCAGAGACACCAGGAACUUUACGCUGAGAUGGUUUCCCAGGCUAAAAAGCGAGAAGCACGAGAGGCACAGCGGCAGAAGCAACUGAUGCAGGAGCGCUGUAAAAAGGAAGACUCGAUCAUCAGUACCCUGGCUGUGUGGAACACUGAGAUUCUGCCAAACUGGGAACAAACGUGUAAUUCGAGAAAAGUACGGGAUUUAUGGUGGCAAGGCAUCCCUCCCAGUAUCCGGGGGAAAAUUUGGAGUUUGGCUAUUGGCAAUGAGCUCAACAUCACACCUGAAUUGUACGAAAUCUUUCUGUCUCGGGCAAAAGAGAAGUGGAGGAGCUAUAGCGACUCCGGUUCAGAUUCUGAGAAUGGAGAUGUUGGGUGUAAUGGGGCUGACCGAGAAAGCAGCCUUGAGCUGAUAAGUCUGGACAUAUCUAGAACUUUCCCAUCUCUGUGUAUCUUCCAGAAGCGAGGACCUUACCAUGACAUCCUGCAGAGCGUGCUUGGGGCCUACACAUGCUAUCGUCCAGAUGUUGGCUAUGUGCAAGGCAUGUCGUUCCUGGCAGCCGUACUGUUGCUCAACCUCGACGUGGCAGAUGCAUUCAUCACCUUCGCCAACCUCCUCAACAAGCCCUGCCAGAUGGCCUUCUUCCGUGUCGACCACCCACUGAUGCUUAAAUACUUUGAAGCCUUUGAGCUCUUCUUUGAAGAAAACCUUCCAAGGUUAUUCAGCCACUUCAAGACCAGCAACUUGACACCUGACUUGUACUUGAUUGACUGGAUUUUUACGCUGUACAGCAAGGCCCUGCCUCUGGACGUGGCAUGUCGAGUUUGGGAUGUUUUUUGCCGCGAUGGGGAAGAGUUUCUUUUCCGCACAGCACUGGGCAUACUCCGUCUGUACCAGGAUGUGCUACUCAGCACAGACUUCCUGCAGGGGGCUCAGUUUCUGACUCGCCUGCCAGACAACAUUGCCGCCCAGCCACUGUUUGCUGCCAUUGGCACCAUCAACAUGCAAAAUAAGCAUGGCAAGUGGAGUCAGGUUUUUUCUGCACUUCAAAAGGACAGACGAGAUUCGGAGAAAAGUGGAAGCCCUUGAGGAGGCAGUCGUUGGCUCCAUUUGUGCUUCAGAAAUAUUUAAUGUGAACUGUGUGUAGAAGACCUCACAUUUCUUUAACACUAAAUGCACUUGGCAGUGUUUAUUGGGACCAUUUACAUUCUGAAAACUAGUUUGAAAGCAUGUUGUAUCAUUGCUGCAGUGUUUGGAGUUUGGCUACAUACGAAUAUGAAUGGAACUGAGUGGGGUAAUAUUGCUUCUCCUUGCUGUAUUGCAUCUCUGGAAUCUGAGCAGAACUGGCAACUGAAAAAGUAUCUGCAGUUUAUUUCCUAGGCAUUGGCUAGUGGCAGGUCAAGGCGAUGCAGGCUACAUAAGUGCAUACGUACGUUUGUAAAUGUGGAAAGACAUUUAGCCACACUUGUAUUCCCAUUUUAUACAAUCUAUGGACGUUUUUGAACUGCUAUUUGAAAGUAAGUGCAUACAAUAGUUCUCCACACUAAUGAUCAGUGUUACUGAAUAUACAAUACAUAUGGUGUCUUUUCUGCUAUAGGACCAGAACAUAAUGUUGUGAUGCAGCAUUGCACAAAGCUUGCCUCUGUAUUCGCUUGGUGAUAUUACCUUGCAAUACAUCAAGUAAAUAAGCAGUUCUUUGAAACAAAGCUAGAGGUAGAUCUGGUCUAAGUGGUUUGUUGUGCUGUGUGUGUGAUUUGUCAAAUGAUGCGCUUAAUGUAAAACGUGCUUACAUGAAACAAUGCAAAUAUGUACUAGCCUGAUGGGCAUGUGUUAUUUGUACCAUAGAUCGACUGCAACAUCGUAUUUGGUUCCACUUUAUGCUCAAGCGUUGUAAAAUAAAGUAAGGAACGCAGCACCUUGCAUAAUAAAUAGCAAAUUGUUUUUUUUCACUUUACACAAUCCAGUGGAAAUUAUGUAUGGAGAACAUGAAAUGGAAAGUUUUUUUUGUAGCCAAAAAGCCUGCGUCUUUUCCAACCAUCCUUAAUCAUACGCAAACGCAUUGCGAGUAACUUUAUGGAAUGAGUGCAAUGCUAUUAACGUGGUGUAUUGAAGCUAUUUUUCGAGGGCAUAUACCACUUUUUCUCUUUAAGAUGUUACCUUAAUUACUACGAAAGACACUUUCUGGCUGGUUCAGGUACUGUCCUGUUUGUUAUUGCCGUCUUAGCAGAUGGCCUGCAGAAUUUAGCAGUACAUUGUAAAAAAAUAAUUAAAGCUGUCUACCAGAUUCCGUUUUUGUACAAAAACAUUGUUUCAUUUUGCUCCGUUCAAGGAUUGACGUAAUCGCGUAUCGAGCGAAACCCUUAGCUAUUAGUACCGCUUCUUAAAAUGCAGCUGUAGUUACUCUUUAUGAAUCGAAAUUGUAUUGAAAACCUGGAUAAUUGGACUUCACAUGUGACCUAGUUAAGUAAAUGCUAACAUUUGACCACGAAUCAAGAUCCCCCUUUAGGGCUGAGUAUACACAUGGUUUGAGCGUAAUAAAAUAUGUGAUGAGUGUACAAGUGCAAAUUUGAAAUGUGCAAAUGUACGUGAAGAUUGACGAUUGUCAAGAAAAAAAUGCACUUAGUUCAAUGGACUUGACAUUAAAAAAAAAUUUUGGCGAGUCGUACAUCUUGAAGCCUGCAGCAGCAAUCUCGUUGGAAAUAUUUAUAUUUACAUUAUCAAUGGUUAGAUUUUGACUUAAGGAUUUCGUGACUGCAGGAAUUCAUAUUCUUUUGGGUCUUUCGGUAAAGUCACGUAGAAAGGUUCAAAUUAAUAAAAAAAAACUACGAUGUUUAGAUCACAACACAAGAGAUCGUCAUCAAGAGGAAAAGAGGGGGAAAGCUGCUUUCCUCUUUAUUUUUAUUAAUUUGAACCUAUCUACGUCACUUUACCGAAAGACCCAAAGAAUGGUUACAUUAUUUCCAUUGUGUAAAAUGUCAAUUACUGUUUUGACGAAGCACACAAUCAUUCUCUAACCACCUGCCGCAAUUAUCAGCAUCACAGUGUUAUGUCUCAAUGUUAAAACAUUAAAGUCGAUGUGAAUGCUGCCUUGAACAGAAUGGACACUUGAUGUAAAUAGGGUUAUUUGCCAGCAAUGUAUGCUACCUGUUUUUAUCAAGGAUUAACUACAACGCUAAAGGCUGAGCCUAAUCUGGUUAAGUGAUGUACCUUUUACAUACUGGUGGAUGAUACUCUUUAAAGGUAAAGCGAGUUUCCUGAUGAACUAUUAUUGAUGAACUGUAAAUUUUAGUCUCUGUUACCGUCUUUUGAAAGCUUUGUCGUGUGCAUUUUACGUCAUUCGUGUCGAAUACAUUUGUAUAUAAUAAAACAGACAUUCGUAUUAUGCGGUUGCAUUUUUCCAAGCAAGGCUACACUCUGUACCGUAUAUGACGGAGUGCACAGUGUAAGGAGUCUAUUAGUCCUUUGAGGUCCUUACUGGGAAAAUGUACGAUUGUAAUACGGUACAGCAUAUAAAGGGUAUAUAUUGUAAGAACUCGACGGCAAAUUAAUUCACUCAUACUUCGAGAGGAAUUUGUAGAUUUACCUAUUGAUUUUAAGGAUCGAUUACAUACAAGUGCAGCAUUUAAUUUGUGGCACUUGCAGUAAUUGUCACGACCAACAAAUAUUUAACUUUAAAUCUACAAACAAAUACAAUACUUUAGAAAACCACAAGUGUAACUUGUAAAUAUUGUUCAACAAAAAUAAACUUUAAAAUUUGUUGCUGGACGUUGCGUACUUGUGUUUGCAUGUAAUACAGAAGUACGUACAUUAAUGCAAUGCAUGAACUCCGCUUCGUAAAUAAAAGUAAAAUAUAAA